AUGGCAGCUGCAAUAUUGACGUUGCUUGCAGCAUCACUCCUGAUAGGAUGCACCAAUUCAGCCAUGGCUUGGGAGGAAACUCAUGGGGUCAUACAUGUUGCUGGGAAAGUACUGUGCCAGGACUGCACCAAGGGUUAUAAUGACUGGAUUAAUGGUGAAAGGCCCAUUAAAGGUUGUAAAGUAUGCCUUACAUGCACAGAUGAUAGAGGCAGAGUGAUGCAUUACGAUAGUGAUGUGACGGAUGAAAGAGGGGAAUUUGAGAUGACAGUGAGCAAAUACAUUAAUGGGAAGCAGCUGAAAGAGAAGAAAUGCUCAGUGAGGCUUGUGUCAUCACCAGACCCUACCUGUAACAUUGUCACUGACUUUGCUGGUGGGAAAUCAGGAGAGAAGCUCAGCCGACCCACCGCCGUGUACCGGGACACCGUUAAAUAUGUACUUACUCCAUUUUACUUCACCUCUCCGAUGUGUGAUGAACCUGAUACUGCUGAUCAGUUCCAAGGAAACCAUUACUAA